UUGUCAUCAUGGGAACCUAUCUUUGGUGACUUAGUUUACCUUCAUCCAUUAUUUUUGCAUCACAAUUUUAUCAGUGCCUUGUAGCUAAAAAUCGGGCAUGAUGAAAACUCUCUUGUUUCCCUUGCUCUGUUUUUAUCUCAAUGUCUAAAACUUGCUUGCAUGGCCAUGACCUUAAAUAUAACCACCGACGAAUCGGCACUUCUGGCCUUGAAAUCCCAACUCAAGUUAGUCCCUUCUCAUGUUUUGUCGAAAAACUGGUCUCACUCCACCUCUGUUUGCAGCUGGAUUGGAGUCAGUUGCAGUUCUCGUCACCAAAGAGUGGCCGCGUUAGACAUUUCUUCAAUGGGGCUAGUAGGUAAUUUGCCAUCAGAAAUGGGAAAUCUCGCCUUUCUCGUAUCUUUGAACUUGAGCAGCAACAGUUUUCACGGCAAUCUGCCGCAAGAGUUGUCUUACUUGCGAAGAUUGAAAGACGUUGAUUUAAGUUUCAACAACUUCACCGGUGAAAUAAAUCCAUUUUGGUUCGGAUUAUUGCCCCAACUCCGGUUCUUGAAUCUUAAAAACAAUAGCUUCAGUGGUACCCUGCCAACUUCUGUCUCCAAUGUAACAAAUCUCGAAAAACUGGAUUUAUCGUACAAUUCUAUCCGGGGGAAAAUCCCUGAAGAGAUUGGAAAUCUUUACAACUUGAAGAUGUUGAGUUUUCAGUUUAACAAACUUGAUGGUCUAAUACCGAUAUCAAUCUUCAACAUGUCGAAUUUGGAAUCUCUUGCUCUCACAGGGAAUAUCUUGUCGGGGGACCUCCCUGCCGAUUUUUGUGGUGGCAUUCCAAGAAUCAAGGAGCUGUAUUUGUCUUCAAAUGAGUUCAACGGCCAAAUACCGUCAACUAUUUCUAAAUGCUCACAGCUUCGUCUACUUUCUUUAUCAUACAAUAAAUUUAGUGGUUUCGUACCAAGAGGCAUUGGGAACUUAACAUCACUCGAGAUAUUGUAUCUAGGCUCCAACGCCUUGACAGGUGAAAUUCCAGAAGAGUUGGGUAAUCUCCGGAACUUGAAGGAGUUGGGAAUGGGCGAUAACUUUCUUAUAGGCUCGAUACCAUCAGCUAUCUUCAACAUUUCCUCUUUGCAGUACAUUAAUAUUGCAAAUUGUAAUUUAACAGGUGCUCUCCCUCGUGACAUGUGCUCUCGCACUUCUCAACUCGAGAGUGUUUAUUUCCAUGUGAACGAAUUAGUCGGUGAGCUCCCAGAAAAACUAGGUGAAUGCGAAGCACUUCAAAUUGUGUCAUUAUCUUACAACAACAUGACUGGGGUAAUACCAAGAGGUGUUGGAAAUUUAACCAUGCUAGAGAUGUUUUACGUCGGCUAUAACAACUUGAUCGGUACAAUCCCAGAAGAGAUGGGGAAUCUGAACAAUUUGGAGGUUCUUUACUUGGGAUUUAACAGCUUAAGUGGUUUUGUACCAGCAGGAAUGUUCAACAUUUCGACUCUGCAAACUAUUAACCUUUCAAUGAAUCAACUUUCGGGCUACCUUCCAUUGGAUCCUCGUCUUGGGCUACCUAAUCUACAAGACAUCUACUUAAAUGACAAUAGUUUCAUUGGAGAAAUCCCUUAUUCUAUCUCGAAUUCUUCUAAACUUACUCUUAUAGGUUUUUCUGGCAACAAUUUCGGUGGAAUAGUUCCUGACUCCAUUGCGGAGUUGACUUUCUUGCAAGACUUGGACUUGUCUGACAACAGAUUCAUCGGUGGAUCGUCAGAGAUAAGUUCUUUGAUCACUGCAUUGACAAACUGUAGACAUCUAACAAAGUUGGGUUUGGGGAGUAAUCUUUUCAACGGCACUCUCCCAGUUUCCGUCGGAAAUCUGUCCACUUCUCUUGAGUAUUUUUACGCUUACGAAUGUCGCAUUCACGGCGCUAUUCCACACGAGUUUGGCAAUCUUAUUAAUUUAAUCAUUUUAAGUCUGUUUGGGAAUCAACUGACUGGAUCAAUCCCCAAUACCCUCGUGAAUUUGCGAAAUCUUCAAGGAUUAGCUCUUUCACGCAACAGAAUAAGCGGCACUAUUCCUUACACUCUGUGUGGAUUACGGAGUUUGAAUGGAAUAUUGCUCCACCAAAAUCAAAUCACCGGUGUUAUUCCAGAGUGCAUAGGAAAUCUUACUGCUCUGAGAGAAGUCAACAUGGGAAACAACAAACUGAACUCUGGCAUACCUACAAGCCUGUGGCAGCUCAACGACCUUCUGAAGCUGAACCUGUCCUCCAAUUUUCUAACCGGACCUUUGCCCCCGGAUAUCGGAAAUCUGAAGGCUGCAACUCUUCUUGAUCUAUCAACAAAUCGAUUAUCGGGAACUAUUCCAACUUCAGUUGAAGAUCUACACAACAUGAUUAAUCUUUCACUGGCACAUAACAGCUUUCGAGGAGCUAUUCCUGAGUUGAUUGGUAAGAUGAUGAACUUGGAGGAAUUGGAUUUGUCCCACAACAAUCUCUCUGGCAAUAUCCCGAUUUCCUUGGAGGGGCUUCUAUAUCUCACAUAUUUCGAUGUUUCGUUCAAUGAUUUGAGCGGUCAAAUCCCUUCGAAAGGCCCUUUCAAAAACUUCGCUGGUCAGUUUUUCAUCAACAAUGGAGGACUCUGUGGUGAUCCUAGAUACGGUGUCCCACAGUGCCACAAUCGUAGAUCAAAGAUCAGAAAGACGAUUCUUCGAGUUGUGUACGUUUUGCUAGGGUUUGCAGGAUUGGUUUUUUUCCUUACAUUGGCUUACGUCUUCAUAACAUACCGUAGGAAAGAAGUGGUGGAAACUCAAGAGAAUCUGUCAUCUGGUGCAGCACCAUUAAGAGCCUCGUACUACGAUCUUCUACAAGCAACCGGAAGAUUCAACGAGAGCCAUUUGCUUGGCGCUGGAGGGUUCAGCUCCGUUUACAAAGGGACUCUUCAAAACGGAGAAGAAGUUGCGAUAAAGGUAUUCAAUUCGCAAGUAGAAAAAGCGUUCGAGAGUUUCGAUACAGAGUGUGAAGUGCUACGCAGCCUUCGCCACAGGAAUCUCUGCAAAGUCGUCAGUGCGUGCUCGAACGAAGAUUUCAAAGCCUUGGUUCUUGAGUACAUGCCUAACGGAAGCCUCGACAAGUGGCUACACUCGGACGGCUAUUUCUUGGAUUUCGUCCGGAGAAUUGGCGUUAUGAUAGAUGUGGCGUGUGCGUUGGAGUAUCUUCACUAUGGUUGCUCGACAACUGUAGUCCACUGCGAUUUGAAACCGAGUAAUGUACUAUUGGACGGAGAUAUGGUCGGCCGGUUGAGCGAUUUUGGGAUUGCUAAGCUAUUAGGCCACGAUAAUAGCUUUGUGCAAACUAAUACUUUUGCAACGUUGGGUUACAUCGCACCAGAGUAUGGAUCACAAGGCAUAGUAUCGAUAAGAUGUGACGUUUACAGCUUUGGUAUUCUACUGAUGGAAGUUUUUACGGGAAUGAAGCCGAGUGGUGAAAGAUUUGCCGGAGAUUUAAGCCUGAGGAGUUGGGUAGAGGAGUGUGUGCCUGAUUCGAUAAACCGGAUAAUUGAUCCGAAAUUGGUGAAGCUCGACGACGAAGAAGAGUACGCGAAUGGGACGUUGGAAUGCUUGUCGUCUAUAAUGGAGUUGGCUUUGAAAUGCUCAAUGGAAAGUCCAUUAGCAUGGAAGAUGUUGUAGUGAUGAAGAAGAUCAGGUUCAAGCUCUUGGGCAUGUUUCCCAUAUACUACUAGUAUGUGUACAAUUAGAUUGUGGACUAUACAUGAGUGUCUGCAAGAGCUUUUACAAAUAGAUUAUGAGCUUUUUUUUGUUCGUAAUCUUACUUUUAAGUGUUUGCAAAAUGAGCAUAUGCUUUUGCUUUUCUUGAAAUAAGCAACUUUAAGCUGUGUUGAGCACCUGUGACCCUGUUUU